AUGGAUUACUCACUGGAGAAUCAUAAAGCUUUCAUCGGAAAGCACGUCUCAGAGCUUCCUACACCGUCACUAGUUGUCAAUCUGCCUGUUCUCAAGACGAAUGUUGAGACUUUACACCGCGAUGUUGAGAAGCUCGGCAUUGGCUUUAGACCUCAUGUCAAGACAUUGAAGUCUCUUGAGGUGACCCGGUUGAUGAUGGCUGAUGGGAAAUACAGGGGAAUCAUUGCCUCCACCAUUCCCGAGAUCCAAGGUGCUCUACCCCUGGUGAAGGAGGGCAUCUUGGAAUCGUGUCUGUACGGGCUUCCUGUCUAUCCUGGUAUGCUGCCUAGGUUGGUUGAGUUGCGAAAAUCACUACGUAUCAUGCUCAUGGUCGACAAUGAGCAACAGGUCAAGUUUCUCGAAGAGUCACCUUCAAGCAAGCAGCCCUGGGAUGUUUUUAUCAAGCUUGAUGUUGGGUCGCGCCGAGCAGGCGUUGAAGCUAACAGCGCUGCAUUGAACCGCUUGGUAGAGCGCGCGCAGAAGUCGUCUGCCAUUAGUAUCUACGGAUUCUACUGUCACGCGGGUCAUUCGUAUGGAGGUCGAUCGCGAGACGAGGCCGAGAAAACGCUCAACAUAGAGGUGUCGAGCGUCUUAGCCGCAGCUAAGCUUCUGCCCUCUGAUCACCAGCUUGUCAUCUCCGUCGGCAGUACACCAACAGCGCAUGUCGUCGAAAGCCUCAAGGCAUCAAUGCCAGAUAACAUCAAGCUGGAGCUCCACGCAGGCAACUUCCCCUGCAACGAUCUCCAGCAAGUGUCAACUGGUCUUGUGACAGAGACGCAACAAUCCGUGUCUGUAGCGGCUGAAGUAUGCAGUGUAUACCCGGAGAGGAACGAAGCGCUCGUCAACGCAGGAGUAAUCGCGCUGUCGCGUGAGGCCAGCGCCUUUAGCGGAUUCGGCCGAGUGGUGGGCAGUCCGGCGUGGGGUGUGGUCCGAUUGUCGCAGGAGCAUGGGAUCCUGGGGACGAGCGAGGGACGAAAGGUUGACGAGGACUACAAGGUCGGACAAAAGGUUCAGCUGUGGUGCAAUCACGCUUGUAUAGCUGCGGCUGCGUUUUACGUGUAUUAUGUUGUUGAUGAGCAGGGCAUGCGUAUUUGUGCCCAACAUCAGAUCACUGACUCUAUCGCAGUGUCUUACGCCGACGUUGCUGCCAGUGGCCCCAAGCAGAGCCCUGAGGAGGCUGCUGCCCCUCAACCUCCUCAGGUCAUCACUGACGAGUCCGCCUCCACCGCCUCUUUGGUCGAUGUUGAUAUGCCUAGCGUGCACACUGUCCCUAACGACUUCCUUGAGCAGGAGAUCAAGACAGAGAUCCAGGCUGCUCGCGUAGAACGGGAAGAGGAGGCCCGCGAGGAGAAGCGAAAGCGUGACGAGGCUGCCGCUAAGGCCAAGAAGGCCGACAACUGGCUCAUCCAACAAUUCUCUCGCCUGUCGGACGGAAGUGCUACUGGCCUCGUUAUUGCCAACUUCGCUACUGUUGUCGGUCUGGGCGCAUACCUUGGCUACAAGGGCUGGGGCCUCUAUGAGAAGGGCAAGCUUGACUGGAAGGCCGUCACUCUCGGUGCUGGUAUCCUCGCUGGUGUGACAGCUGCCGAGGGUGCUGUUGGACGAUAUCUGUACAAGGGCAAGAAGGGCGGCAACUAG